UUAGCGCCCAGUCAGUCCAGGAAGACGGUGUGGUAUGCGUAGAGUUGGGAUGAAGCGUAGCAACUCAGACGACAUUGGCUCCUGGGACCUGCCCCCGCCCAAGAGAGCUCGAGUGGACCCCAAUAACAAGACAGGUUCUACUGUAUUGUCAAGAUUCACUAGCGGCUUUGGAGGGCUCUUCAGCACCGUAAAAAGAUGGUUCAGCCGCUCACGUGUUUCUAAUUCAUGCCCACCUCCUAUGAGUGGCUCCUCUUCUGACAAGCCCCUCGUCCUCUCCUCCCAGUCUUCCACCUUCUCCCCUCUCUCAACUGGCAUCAACUCCUGUUCCUCAUCACCCCUCACCUCCUCACAACUCUCCUCGUCCUCCCCCUGCUCCUGUCAGAACACACCUCAGUUACGGCGACUCACCAACUUCACUCCCUGUCCCCCAGCAGUCUUCAUGCUCAUCAGAACUUUCAACAAAAACUCCUCCGAGACAGAAACCCAGGCAACACCCACAGACCACUUCCCUCACUCCUCUCUCUGCCCCACAGAGUAGAUAUAACAGUAGUAAUGGAUCUCGACUGUUGACUAAGACACAAGGAACCUCCAGCCAUGAGUAAUCUACCUAAUAGAGUGCGUCGUCAUAUUCGAACGUUUGCCUGUUCACUACAGUGGACCAGACUGCCGAAGGAAAGAUGGAGUCAGCUGUUCUCCUCACCUUCCACCUCAUCUCAGGCCACACCCCCUGCCACCACUCACCGUUCUCCCUCCCUCAUCCCCUCCCCUCUCUCUCCUCCUCUUCCCCCUCGUCACCUCACCUCCCCACCUGUCACUCAGCCUCCUGCAGCUCCUGAGAACAUUGGACCAAAGUUAAGAGGCUGGUUUAUCUCACCAGGAGGACUAUCUGGAGCCCCACCUCGUAUUCCGUCCUGCCUCCCCGGACUGCCUGUCAGAGUGCAGAGCUCUGCAUUCCUCUCUCUCCCCCACUCCCCCCCUCCCUCCCCACUACCCUCCAGCGAUGUGGUUCAACGUAGAAAGUGGGUGGAGUCACUCAAGGCUGACCACACCCACUCAUUGAGUCAGCAUCGAGCAGCGGUGAAGCUUGAAUUGCGACAUCUGGCCGUCUGCCGAGAGCAGAGGUUCAGAGCGGAGGACUCGAGAGUUAGACAUUUGCAGGACAGUGUGCGGAACAUGUCUCUUCUCUCAGACAUUGGGCAUGACGACGAGGAGGAGGAUGAGGAGGACGAAGGGAGAGAAGAGAUGGCUGAGUUAACAGAGCAGCAACUGCAGCAGGUACAGAGAGUACUGUCAAGAGGCUCAGGACUGGAGGUGCUGUCUCAGAGGUUCAACAUCUCCAUCAAGAGAGACGAUGUGAUGACUUUGGCUGGCCUCAACUGGCUUAAUGAUGAGGUCAUCAAUUUCUACAUGAACCUGAUAAUGGAGAGAGGGAGGGAGGAAGGGUCUGUGUGCAGUGUCCACGUGAUGAGUAGCUUUUUUACCCCAAACUCUGUGACGUGGGGUACUCCGGGGUACGGAGGUGGACCAAAAAGGUGGAUGUGUUCUCAAUGGACCUGGUGCUCUACCCCAUCCACCUCGGGACCCACUGGUGUCUGGCUGCCAUCGACAACAGGCAGCAAUCCCUCACCUACUACGACUCCCUGGGUGGGCAGGGCAAGUCUUGCCUGGCGAAACUGCGAGACUACCUGCUGUCUGAGUACAGAGACAAGAAGAAGGCAGAACUGAGUUUGAAUGGUUGGAGGGAUGUGCCAGUGAACAACAUUCCUUUGCAAAAGAAUGGUUCAGACUGUGGAGUGUUCACAUGUAUGUAUGCUCGCUGCCUGUCCAGCAACUCUCCAUUCGCCUUCUCCCAGGAGGAUAUGCCGCAGAUCCGCAGACACAUCAUCUGUGAACUGUUGGAACAGAGGCUUUUCUGAACAUUUUUUUUGAACGCCAC